AUGAACAUGAACUUCUCAAUUAUCACAACAAUAACAUUGAAUUUUGGCGGUAGAGUGGGACCGGACCAAGCCAUAAAAAGAUACCAACCACCCAAACUUCAAGUUCUGUCAGCGAUGAAACUUCUGUGCGCCUUCGUUUGUUUCUUUUUGUCAGUCGCAGUUACUCGUGCUGUGCGGUACGCCCGAAAUAGACAUCCGAAUCCCCCCGUUUCAAUUGCUCUCGAAUCUUUUAGUCGCAGUCUAAAUAGUGUUUGUGGAACGCGAAACAUUCAAUGGAAACCAAAUCGGCAGCCAAAGGUGAUUGGUGGACAAGUUCCACCGCCUGGAGCGAUUCCAUGGCAGAUAGACUUGAGACUGGAAGAUAAUAAGCAUUAUUGUGGUGGUGCUUUAAUUAGUAAGAGAUUAGUUUUGUCUGCAGCGCAUUGUUAUAACGAUGGAUUAAGAGCUAUAGCUGGUGCGCAUGGAACUCCUGGAUCUUCUACAAACGAACAAUCCCUUCGAGUGGAAAAAUUCAUUCCACAUCCAGAUUUCAGGAAGCUCGGUGCUUACUCUCAUGAUCUAGCGUUACUCAUAGUAGAAGCUCCAGGAUUUAGUUUCGACGAGUAUGUCAAGCCAGCUUGUUUCUCUGAUGAUUCACCUCCAUCGGGUACUUGGUGUGAAGUGUCUGGAUGGGGAGCUGUGGAUCCUAAUGAUAUUGAUACGAGCUCUCCGGUUUUGAAAGUUGCGGCGGUACCAGUAAUAUCGUUAGAUACCUGCAGGUUGAAAGCUAUUUAUGGAGGCCGGUCUCAACAGAUCCUAGAUUCUAUGUUGUGUGCAGGCUACUUAAAAGGAGGAAUCGAUGCUUGCAGUGGUGAUUCUGGUGGUCCGUUAGUUUGCGAAAAAGAUGGGAAAAUGGAACUAGCGGGAAUAGUAUCAUGGGGAGAAGGUUGUGCGAAGAAGAACAAACCUGGUGUAUACACAAGAGUGUCAAGCUUUAUGCCAUGGAUAAGAGAAUGUGCGACCGAAUUAGGAAUAACGAUUUAGACUUUAAGCAAAAAUGUUGACUUGUACAUUGUAAUAAAUAGAGUAUUUAUGUAACAAUAAUACACUGAAAACUUUUGUUUUCAAAAUUUUUAUAAAAUUUAUUAAAAAAUUGUAUCCCUACUGCUGUUUCGGCGGAUUGCCUUACUCAAGUGAUCUAUUUUUGGUAUGCGUUUACACUUUAUAGUCUUUAACUGAGGUUAAGGAGAAUAGAACUGUUUGUCUCAAGUGGGUCAUUCAUCGUCAAGUUAAGUACGUACGUAGAAUCUGUUUUUCUAUUGUUGAAAGCCAUUAAAUGUUCUGCUAUACGUUUGUUAAAAGUUCUACUAGUUUGACCGAUAUAAGUUUUUGGACAGUCGCCAUAGACAAGUUUGUAUACUCCACUGUAUAAGUGCUUUUUCUUUUUUUUUUUUUUUUCUUGUUGUUUGGCACUUGAGAAAAGCACUCCGCCGAAACAGUUGUAGUAAUAAGAUAUAAUUUUGUGGAAGUUUGGAAAACAAAAGUUUUUAGUGUUUUAUUGUUAAAUAAAAUGAAUUUCCAUCAAGUAACGGUCCAAUAGACCACUUAUUUAAAUGGAUAAUUUUUUAAUAUCGGUAUUAUUUUGUAAAAUAUUAAGAAAACAUUUUAGUUACUGAUAAAAGCUGUUAGCAUUUGAUUGGUGUCGAAAUUUAUUUAUUGCAGUGUACAUAUUUUAAAAUGUAAUGACCAAAUAUUUCAAUUGUUACCAAAUCAUGUAUUAUAUAAAACAUACGGAGAGGAGAAUAUAUAAUAUAUUGCUAUCCAAAUUAGGUGUAAGUUAUCUAGUCAUUUUAUAAGUUGUUUAUUAAUAGCUUCUUUAUCUUUCUACUUAUUACAGUCCUCUUAAUUCUGAUGUAAAAGGCUCGAUCGCAAUAUCCGGAAUCCGGAAUCGGAAAAUCUAAUCUACUAUUACUAAGUGUUUUUACUGCACAUCAGUUUUUUUUUUCUCCCUGAGUCCGUCUGAUCCAAUAGAUCUGCAUUAUCACUAAAGCUGAUGCUUAUUGUGUUUGCUGCCCAUUGUUGUUGUCUACACCCACUCUAAAACUUUUUACCCUGUAGAAAUUUGUACAUAUCUUUUGGUUGGUGUGUCCUAAAUAUACCAGGGCCUCCCCUUGGUUGUCCAUACAGUUUUUGUCUUUGACGGUCCAAUCGGUCUGGCAAUCACAAAAUACAUGUACAGUUUCUAGUUCCUUACCACAGAGUCGGCAGUUAAGGUUUCCAUUGUAAAUACCUAUGCUAUUCAAGAAUUUUCUUACUGGUUCCUAUGAGGUUAACAUUACUGUUACUGUUCUUGUUUUUUUUAACCACUAGGGUUAUUAGCGGUAGGAUUAUGAUACAAAUAGAGAAAAUAAGAUACAUUUUAGAAGUCAUGCUGUUGGGUAUCUUGAAUAUCGCCUUGGCUGAGGUGUACUUUGGACAAUCUAUUAUUAUAUGGUUGACUGUGGAAGGUGUUUGGUAUCUUUGGCACAUUGGUAGUGAUUCUUUGGAGAUUAUUUAGCCGUGCGUAAGUCGUGUAUGACCAAGCCAGACUCUGCUGAUAAAUACCCGGUCUUUUCGUUUUGGUGGUAUAGGAAGAUUUUUUGAAGAUACGUCUAGUUUGAUGCUUUUAAGAUUUGUGUUUGUUUGAUCUCAUAUUUCUUGCCAGAUUUCAUUUACAUGAGUCUUGAAUAAAGUUUUAGUAUCUGAUAUUGAUAUAACUGUUGUAGUCGGAAUGUUCACAUUAUUGCUUCAAACGCUGUUUUGUCUACUAGCUCAUUACCAGUUAUUUCGACAUGGGAUGGGACCCACAUAAAUGAUAUGGUUUUCCCAGAAAAUUGGAGCUGUUAAAACGCGUCUUUAAUUAGGAAUAUAUUGAUGUGUGUAGGAUAAAUAUGUUUAAUGGCCUGUAAAGAAUUUAAUGAAUCUUAUAAUAUUAGUAUUUGUUUUUCAUUUGUGGCUUUACAAUGAUUUAGUGCCUCAAGUAUUGCUUGGAGCUCUGCGGUAUAAAUACUACAGCCGUCAGUUAAUCUAGUGAGAGAAAUUACGUUUUCUGAUACAGGAGCAGCUGCUACUCCGUUGCAAUCUUUGUAGGCAUCAGUGUAGAACAUUUUGUAAGUGGAAUAUUUAAGUACAUUUGCAUGAUACUAAAGCCUGACCUCAGCAGAAAUGUGUGAAUGUUUAUCAUGAUUAAGUAAGGAAAGGUCAACUAUUGGUAAAGAAACUGUCCAGGAAGGUAUCUGGUAUAUUUUUAUGCGUGUGUUCUUAGUUUGUUCCUGCCAAAAUGAAGCACUUCUUUUGUUCUUUUUCUACAUGAUCCACCAAUAGAGAUUUGUCUAUGUGUUUGUUUUGAGAUUAAUUGAUCCGUUGCUUUACAGCCCUACGAACUGCAGCCUUUGGUACUUCCAGAGUUACAGUUUCGUUUGUCUUGAUUUGUCUUUAUUUGUUUCUCUUGUUGCAAGUUGAUCUGCUUUUUCGUUGCCUUCACGCCUUCAUGUCAUGGUAUCCAGACAAGCUCAACCUUGUUGAGGUUCCUUAGUUUAUUCAGUUCUUUGAUACAGUCCAACACCAGUCUAGACAUCACUUCCUGCUGCGCUUGUGCUUUCAGUGCCGCUUUACUGACAGACAAUAUAUAGCUCCUUUUUUGAAAAGCUCUCUCAUCAUUUUCUUUUGUACAUUGUAGUAUCGUAUAAAUCUCUGCUUGACAAAUGGUUCAGUUCCUCCCCAAGAUCAAACUUUCGCUAAUUCUUGGAUCAUUGAAGUAUAUUUCAAAUAAAAUAAGGUAAUUUAUAAUGGGUGUUGGGAUUUCUAUGUCUCUUGGUUUUGUUUUAUAAUGUAAAUGUCUCGUAAAUUUCAAAUUUUUUACAUAUUUUUUUAAAUUUUGUCAAAUACAACAAUUACAAUUUUUCCUCUUAUGAUUAUUAUCUAUAUGCUAACCACUCAUAUUCUAACUCCGGAUGUUUUAAUACUUUAGUAAUAUAGCAUCAACUUUAAGAUUAUUAUAAGUAAUAAUGAUUUUUCUAAUUGGCACAGAAGUUUCAUCGCUGAAAUCGUCCAAAUCUCGAAAAUUGUUAUUGUAAUUUUAAAGAAGGAUAAUUUAUAACAAAUAUUUUGUAUAUACUAUGUAUAAAUAUUUAAUUAAAAUUAGUGUACUUAUAGUAUACGAUGU